AUGAGGGAGAUCCUGCUGCUGGGCUUCUACCAGCCCCACGAAGCUCUCAGCCGCUUCCUGGUGUCGGCGCAGCAGGAGUUCAAGAUCCCCAUCAGGUAUCUCCAGGAGUACGCAGCUCUGGGCACCGGUGGUGGCAUCUAUCACUUCCGAGACCAGAUCCUGUCGGGUGGUGCUGAGGCCUUCUUUGUCCUCAAUGCGGACGUGUGCUCAGAGUUCCCCUUGCAGGAGAUGCUGGAGUCCUGGCAGCGGCGUGGGGACACGCACAGCUUUGUCAUUCUGGGUACCACAGCCAACAGGACACAGGCGCUGAAUUACGGCUGUAUCGUGGCAAACGCAGACACGCAGGAGGUCCAGCACUAUGUGGAGAAGCCCAGCACGUUUGUCAGCGAGAUCAUUAACUGUGGCAUCUACCUGUUCACACCUGCCAUCUUCCAGCACAUUGGUGAGGUCUUCCAGAGGAACCAGCAGGAGCUAAUGCUCUAUUCUUACCUUGGAGAGGAGAGCUCCAAUGGCUGGCAGCGUGCAGAAGUGAUCCGGCUGGAGCAGGACGUUUUCACAGCACUGGCUGGAAGGGGCAAACUCUACGUCUAUAAAACUGAUGGUUUCUGGAGCCAGAUCAAGUCAGCUGGCUCUGCUAUCUAUGCCAGCCGGCUUUACCUGAACCAGUACAGCAAGAGCCACCCAGAGAGGCUGGCCCAGAACAAACCUGGAGGCCCUAUCAUCCAAGGGAAUGUGUACAUCCACCCCACAGCCUCCAUUGACAGCACUGCAGUGCUGGGCCCCAACGUCUCCAUUGGGGAGGGGGUGACGGUGGGAGCUGGCGUGCGUGUGCGCGAGUCCAUCGUCCUGCACGGUGCCUCGCUCCACGACCACACCUGUGUCCUCAAUACCAUCGUGGGCUGGGACAGCACCAUUGGACGCUGGGCCCGGGUUGAAGGAACACCCAGUGACCCCAACCCAAAUGAUCCCUAUGCUAAGAUUGACAGCGAGACCCUCUUCCGGGAUGGGCGCCUCACGCCAUCCAUCACAAUCCUGGGAUGCAGUGUCACCAUCCCUGCUGAGGUUGUUAUUCUCAACUCCAUCGUCCUUCCUCACAAGGAGCUGAGCCGCAGCUACAAGAACCAGAUUAUCCUGUGA